GCCGCCUCCCUGGAAGUGCCCGGAUGAGUCCUAAUACGGGCAAUUCAGGAAGCUGCGCGCGAGCUCUCCCUGAAGGCAGCUCGCGACCGCUAGGAAAGUGGCCUGUGUCCGAGGAUCCCUUCCUUUCCUCUCCGGUUGAGCCCCUCCUUCCACACCCAGAAUGCAGGAUCCUAAUGCAGAUACAGAAUGGAAUGACAUCUUACGUAAAAAGGGCAUCCUUCCUCCCAAAGAGAAGCUGAGAGAGCAAGAGCAGGCUGAAGAGGAACGGGAGCAACAGAUCCUCCAGCAACAAUCUGUUGUGAAAACAUAUGAAGACAUGACAUUGGAGGAACUUGAAGAAAAUGAAGAUGAAUUCAAUGAGGAAGAUGAACGUGCUAUAGAAAUGUACAGACAGCAAAGGCUAGCAGAAUGGAAAGCCUCUCAAGAAAACAAUAAAUUUGGACAAGUUUUGGAGAUCUCAGGUCAGGAUUACGUCCAAGAAAUUACAAAAGCUGGAAAGGAUAUAUGGGUGGUGUUGCAUCUAUAUAAACAAGGUAUCCCUCUUUGUGCCUUGAUCAACCAACACUUAAAUGGACUUGCCAAGAAGUUUCCAGAGGUCAAGUUUGUCAAAGCCAUUUCUACAACUUGCAUCCCCAACUAUCCUGAUAGAAACCUCCCCACAAUCUUCAUCUAUCUAGAAGGGGACAUCAAGGCCCAGUUUAUUGGACCAUUGGUGUUUGGAGGCAUGAACCUGACAAGAGAGGAACUGGAAUGGAAGAUUUCCGAGUCAGGUGCCAUCAAGACGGAUCUAGAAGAGAACCCCAGGAAGCAGAUCCAGGACCAGCUGAUGACUUCAAUCAAGUGCUCUGUUCCAACAAGGAGAGAAGAAAGUGACUCAGAAGAGGACUAAGGCAUUCCUUCCGGACUAGUUUUAUGCCUGAUUACAAAACAUUUAGUUUUGACUGAAAUCAGUGGGACUAACUUUUGCACAAUAGUGAAUGCCGCCUAAUAAAUACCAUUGAUGGUAUUUCUUCUUUUCUAAUUUGUUUUUUAAAACCAAAACAACACGGGUUAUGGUUUUCUAUUUCCUGAAAGGGAACUAAAAUGCCUCCUGACAAACCACAGUUCAAGUGCUACUGGAAAUAAUUGUUAUGGACAUUCACAGUAGUGAAGUUAGUAGCAGCAUUAGUGUGCUGGUCAUAGCAUUUGUGUGUUCCUUUUUUACUGAGUAGUAAUACAUGGUUACCUCUGCACCACUUUGAGGUUGUUAUAGUUUUGCUAGAGGUUAUCAGGGGCCCCUGGUGGCGCAGCAGGUUAAACCACUGAGUUGCUGAACUUGGUUUGAAUCCGGGGAGCAGAGUGAGCUCCCACUGUUAGCCCCAGCUUCUGCCAACCUAGCAGUUCAAAUCAUGCAAAUGUGAGUAGAUCAAUAAGUACCAACUUGGUGGGAAGGUAACUGUGCUCCAUGCAGUCAUGCUGGCCACGUGACUUUGGAGGUGUCUAUGGACAACGCCAUCUCUUCAGCUUAGAAAUGGAGAUGAACACCACCCCCCAAAGUUGGAUAUGACUAGACUUAAUGUCAGGGAAACCCUUUACCUUUACUUAUAAGUUAUCAGCAUUUGAGUAUUGUUCCCAAAUGACCAUUAUGCAACAUUCAAUAUUUCUUUUCUCAAAAACGUUUGGAAGACUGCCCUGAAAAUCAUGAAUGCUUUUAUUGAACACAUCCAGAAGUUGUUGGUUAUGAUUGCCACCAAUGCAUCUGAAUUAUAUUGGGAGAUAUGUCAAUGUAUUUUAGCAUCCUGCAAACUCAAGCAGCUGACUUCUCAGAGGAAAUGCAAUGUUAAUUUCAUCUUGAAAUCCAACCUGAUCUCAACCUUGUCCAUGAGAGAAGUUUAAAGAGUAGUAUCUCCCCACGUUUUUGAUUCAGGUUCCAAUAACACAACAUAAUGGUUUUGUCCUUUAUUUUCUUUGAAGAACACUAUGUUCAGUAAUAAAUUGAAAUUAUUUAAUGAUUAUUUGUUUGUCAAAGUUAUAAUUAAAAAUAGGCAACAAAAUAAGGAGAAUA